ACCUCUCUGUUGAGAGCUAGGGGAAUUAUUGGAUUAUUUGUACUCCCCUGGCUCCCAACAGACAAUACUUACUUAAAUCAAUGUCAUAUAAAUAGAACAAGUCACAGCCAAAAUCUAAACUCAAUUUUUCAUCAAUUGUUAACAAUUUCAGAUAAAAAACCUACAAAAAAAAUCUACAAGUAUUACAUGAAAUCCCUCUUUUGUUGCCAGUGUGCAUGCAGUCCUUGGUACUUUGCUUGAUGAAAUUGCGAAGUGUAUGCUAAUCCAUGCUUCAAUCUUGCUCUCAUUUCAAAUCCCUUCUUUAUCAGUGCUCCUGAGAUGGGACUAUAUUAUCCCAUUAUUAGCUGUCCCUUUAUCUUAAAUAUUUGUGAUAUUUUGUUUCCAUGGCCAUGAUUUACUCAUCAAACAUACUAAAAAUAUCAUCAUUGCAUAUCAACUUGUAUACCUUACAUGAAUCAUGGGAUUACAUUUAGACAUGCAAUAUAAAGCAAUAUUCUUUGUGUGCAUGCUCAUGAAGUACUUGCCCAAUGGUGCCCCAGGCACUCAUAUAAUCCCAAAAUGUCAUUCCAAACAUGUAGCCAUUGGAAAUAUGUGCUGCUAAUGCACAAUUAAAUUGUUGCUAUAUUUUAAUUUAUAUUAUACUUAUAUUUAUGUACUCAAACAUUAAGAAUUUGGAAGUUGCCACUUCCUUUUAUAUAUACAUGUAAAUAAUCUGAGGUUUUUUAUAUUGGAUCGACAUUCAUGUGCUCGGGCAUUGGGAUCUGGGCAGUUACAAUUAUGACCCUUUUGUGUUUUUCUUGUCAUCUCAGUCACUGGUUCCCCGGCGAGCCUAACGAUCACAGUACCGGCGAGGACUGUGCAACCGUAUGGUCAACAGCUGGGUGGAAUGAUGUACCAUGUACUCUCACUUAUCCUUACUUGUGUGAAAGGAGUAAUGAACUCCCUCUAGCUUGCGACGAGGGUUCUAGCUGGUAUGGUGUAGCUGGCAAAUGCUUCAAGUUCUUUGGCUUUACAAGAACCUGGAUUAAUGCUGACAACUACUGUCGCGGGGUGGGUGGAACUCUCGUCGUGAUUGGUUCUGAUGAAGAGCAGGCCAUGGUUGCUAAUCGAGUCAGUGUAUCAAAGGCCAACGUAUGGCUCGGCUUGAGUGAUACGGUUGGUGGAGCUGCUGGGAACUACAAGUGGUCAACGGGAGAGUCUCUUACUUACACCAAGUGGGACACAGACCAGCCGGACGAUCGCUAUUACACAGCCGGAGGUGACUGUGUGGAGAUAACGCAAUCAGCUACAGAUGGAAAAUGGAGUACAGCUGCAUGCACAAAUGCAAAAAAAUUCAUGUGUGAAAGACCUGAAGGUUCCUGUCCCGCUGGGUGGCAUCUCUACAGCGGCAGCUGCUACCAAUUCAACAUCCAACUUCCUACUAUAUGGAAGACGGCCAAGUUUACCUGUGAGGCACAGGGUGCUUAUCUUCUCACAAGCCUCAGCUCAGCAGAGAAUGCCUAUAUUGUGGACAAGAUGGUAGAUUAUCAUGAUAUUGCUGUGGAGAGUUCAUGGCUGGGUCUCUCAGAUACUGAAACUGAUGGCUCAUUUGUGUGGGUAGAGGGUAGCUCUCUUAGCUACUCCAACUGGGAUACCAAGCAACCAACCAAUAGAGCUGGAAGUGAAGAUUGUAUCUAUAUCACCACAGGUGAUGGGACAGGUAAAUGGAGUAGUACAGACUGUGAAUCAACAAAUGCCUACAUUUGCAAGAUCAAGGCUGAUAUACCAAUUUCAAUUUUAGAUCCAGCAGUUGGUGUGCAUACCUGUGAUGAUGGCUGGACACUGAAUGGGGAUUCUUGUUUUUACUUUGAUCGGACGGCACGCUAUUACAAGGAUGCUGAUACAAACUGCCAAACCUUAGGUGGUUUCUUGACCAGCAUUCACUCCCAAACAGAGCAAAACUUUCUUUCAAUGCGAGCUAGAAUGGGAGGAGCAUAUCUGUGGAUUGGUUUUCAUGACUACAACACUGAGAAUGUGUUUGCAUGGGCAGAUGGAUCAGAGGUUGACUUCUAUAACUGGGCAACUGGUCAACCUGACAACUGGAAGUCAAAGGAAGAUGCUGUUCACAUGAGAAGCAAUGAGCUUGAUGCCGGCAAGUGGAAUGAUAUUGAUGGAGAUGUUUCAAAGCUUGCAUCUGUUUGCAAGAAGCCAAGUAAGGCUGGUACUAUUGUGAUUCCUCCUGUUAUACCAACACCUGUUUUUGACCCUCGAUGUGGCAAUGGAUGGGACUAUGAUGUGACCGGGCAGAAUUGCUAUUUGUUCAGGUAUAGUGAUUACAUGAGUUGGGCUGAUGCCAGAGAAUACUGCCAAGUGCAAGGUGGAGAUUUAGCAAGUAUAGCAAGUAAAGAGGAACAAACGUACAUGAAUGGCCGGCUCUCUAGUAUUGAGAAUGACAUGUGGAUUGGAGGAACAGAUUUCACCAAUGAGGGAGGCUGGGAGUGGACUGAUGGAUCAGGUUUUUCUUAUCUCAAUUGGGCUCCCAAUGAACCCAAUAAUGUAGGUGACAGUGAACAUUGCAUGGAAAUCUUCACUAAAACAGACACAUGGAAUGAUAACAAAUGUGACAUAGAAAGGGGAUUCAUCUGCAAGAAAAAUGGAUAUCUUACAACCCACUUCCUUGUCACGCCACAUGCGUACAUGAACGGUCCAGGUCAAUUGGUCCUUUCUGGCGUCUACCCUGAUGAGUGUGCUUCACGGUGCGUCAAGAUGACCGAUUUCAUUUGCAAGUCUUUCAACUACAACCGAGUCUCUCAUGAAUGUUCAUUCAACGAUGGAUCAACCACGACCCCCAUUUCUGAUGGCAACAUGGACUACUAUGAAAGAUUGAUGGACGUGAGGGAUCCAGAGGUCACGACCCUCGGCCCUGGUUACCGAUGCCCAGAGGGCUGGUCAGGAUAUGGGAAUAACUGUUACUACAUGUACACUCUAACGAAACUGAGCUUCUCUGAUGUUCAGCAGAAGUGUAAGGACCUCGGUGGCGACCUGGCAUCAAUUCAUGACCUCAACGAGAACAGUUUCAUCCUAGCUCUGGCACGUGACAACGGGAUGGACAGUGAAUUCUGGAUCGGACUAAAUGACGGCAAUUCCCCUAUGAGUUUUCAAUGGGAGGAUGAAACUCCUGUGGACUUCACGCUAUGGAACACGGAUGAACCAAACAAUUAUGCAGGAACUGCUGAAGACUGCGUUGAAAUGUAUAUGUUUGGUUAUUGGAAUGACAACCUUUGUUCAGUUAAGCAAUAUGGAGCAUGCAAGAGACCGAAGGAAAAUCUUGGUCCUACUCUUGAACCCAUUACUCCAUCAGGAUGCAGUUUGGGUGAUAUAGCCAAUGGAGGCUCUUGCUACUUUGUGAUGGAUACACCCAAAAACUGGGCGGAUGCUCGAGCUGACUGUGCCGGGUUCAGCCCCCGUGGAAACCUUGUCUCUGUCGCUGAUAGGUAUGAGCAGAGUGUUCUGACCAGCAUACUAGGUUCUCAAGAUGGCAGUCUGUUCUGGACCGGACUGAGUGAUGUCGAGAAUCCAGGCCAGUAUAGCUGGAGUGACAAUACAGCAGUUACCCUUACCAACUGGGACUAUGCUCAACCAGAUGAUACAAAGGGCAACUGUGUUGCAUCAACAUCUGGAAUGAUGGCUGGAUUGUGGCGUAACAUCGACUGUGCCUCAACAAACAAAUAUCUUUGUGAGCGCGGUCGUGGCGGCUAUUCAGCGCCCCAGACCAUAGGACCAACAACACUCGCUACUGCACCUAGUGAUGUAGGAUGCUAUGACUCAAACUGGAAAGGCUAUGGUGCCAACUGCUACAUGAUUGUGUUGUCUGAUGUGAGUGGAGCCACACGUCGUAACUGGGACGAUGCUCGUAUGUACUGCUUGGCCAUGGGAGCGGACCUAGCCAGUUUCCACAGUCAGGCUGAGGAGGAUUAUAUCCUGUCUGGAUACCCUGAUAGCACUGCAAGUUUGUAUGUUGGACUCCAUGACCAAUCAGAAGAAGGAGGGUUUACGUGGACAGAUGGUACUCCAGUAGAACAUACCAAUUGGAACACGGGUGAACCCAAUAACUGGGGUCCAGGAGAGGACUGUACAGAGGUCUUCUUGAAUGGACGGAAAUGGAAUGACAUCUAUUGCACUAACCUCAAUGAUUGGAUCUGCAAAAUUUCCAAAAAUACACAUCCAGUAUACACGACCAUAGCUCCUAGUACGGUUACGCCAUAUCCUCCUUGUCUAGACAACCAAGACUGGAUCCUGUACCCACUGAACAACUACUGCUAUUUCUUCAGUCAGGGUCUAAGCCAAGACGCCGGUCUGAAGAGCUGGAUGAAUGCUAACGAGUACUGCAUGCAGAGUGGUGGCUACCUUGCCUCUAUACAUAGCCAAGAGGAAAAUGACUUCCUCAAGAACUAUAUGGUACGAUUUGGAGAAGUAGAAGACCGGAAAUACUCAUGGAUAGGCUUGAGGGAAUACACAACAGAAGGAGUUUUCUCUUGGAGUGAUGGCUCAGCAGUAGACUAUACAAGCUGGACUAGUGGUGAACCAAAUGAUUACAAUGGGGAGGAGCAGUGUGCUGAGUACUAUUCAGGGGGGACAUGGAAUGAUGCCAACUGUGCCAAAGAAACCGUCUUUGUCUGUCGUAAGCCGUACGGAAACAUCGGCCCUGUCACGCACCCACCAACGCUCUCUCCAAUCGGGAACUGCCAAACCGGCUGGUUGAGGUUCGACAACAGGUGCUAUAAGAUAUAUGGUUUGGAUGAUGCUGCCCAGCGUAUGAGUUGGUUUGAUGCGAGAGAUACCUGCAAGAACAUAGCCAACACUAACCUGGUGACCGUGCACAGCCAUGAACUGCAAGCAUACCUGACAUCUAAGUUGGUUAAGACAGAAAUAGCUAUGUGGAUUGGGCUUAGCGACUCGAUAGUAAGUGGAAAAUUCUACUGGACUGAUGGCUCAUCUGUAGACUACACCUACUGGAACCCAGGAGAACCCAAUAAUUUCGGCAGCGGUGAGGAUUGUACCCAGAUCACAGCUAUUGAUACUCAUGCUGGCAAAUGGAAUGACAUAUCUUGUGAUGCGAUCUUGGGCUUCAUCUGUCAGGGUGUCUUAGAUCCCAAUGGCUCACCUCCACCCGAUGAACCCAACGAGUGUCGGGAUGGCUUCACCCAGUUUGAUACCGGCUGUUACCAGGUGGUUGAUCGCCCCUAUAUCUUUUCUGAGGCCCAGGAUGAAUGUAGGUCCCUUGGUGAUGAUGUCUCUCUAAGUAGUGUGAUGAGCUGGUAUGAGGAAGCCUUCGCUGAGACCAUGUCACAUACCUCCGGUGGUGACCCUCUCUGGAUUGGUCUCUAUCAAGUGGAUGGUGCGUUCAAGUGGACGGAUGCCUGGCCUGUUUGGUUCACUGCUUGGGGUCCUAGCGAACCCAGCGGAGCUCCAGGAGAGGGUUGUAUUAGCCUGUUACCUACAGGAGGAUGGGAUGAUACCAACUGUCAGGGACUCUUCAAACCUCUAUGCAAAUACAGUACUGUAACUACACCAACAGUACACCCAGAAAUGCCUGGCUACUGCCCUGAAGAAUGGACGCCUUACCAUGACGGUUGUUACAAGGUGUAUGCCGCGCAGACUGAUCGCAAGUCCUGGCCGGAAGCCUUGUUCCAGUGUAGCCAGCUCAACGGUACUCUGGCUAGCAUCCAUACCCGGCAAGAGCUGGAGCUUAUUAGGACCUUGAUGAUAGAUGGAAGUGUAGACAUCUGGACUGGCCUCAGAAGGGAAACUGCAGGCGGAUUUGUAUGGGAAGAUGAGACCCCCGUGGAUUACACCAACUGGAACAAUGGAGAGCCGACCUACGCCACCCAACCAGGCUACGAGGACUGUGUAGAAAUGUACCUUAGCACUGGCAAGUGGAAUGAUGUGGAUUGUCUCAAUAACCAGGGAUAUGUCUGUGAGCAGCCUAAGCUUGGUGGAGAGUUUCCUACAGAGCAACCUGUACAAAACAGGCUUGGUAUGACCACCGGAGCUAUCGUUGGCAUUGUCUUCGCAGGGAUCAUUAUCGUCUGUGGCAUCAGUCUUGUUGUAUUCUUCGUAAGGUCCAAGCGAGGCGCUCUAUCAUUUAAGAUGGAUACCAGCGAUGUCCCGGGCAGCGUUGGCUUCGACAACGCCCUUUACAAGGCCGGGAAUGAUCCGACAAUCCAAGUCACUACGGAAUCCAAUCUAGACUCCAAGGCUUAGAGAGAUCACCAUCAUCCCAUGCCUCGCUUCAAACUAAUGUGCUAAUAAGAAAAUAAUCAUUUGAUGUUUAUUUUGUAGACCAUUAGUGAGGUUUUGGAGAGUACUCUAAGGUGAAGAUUUGUUAUGAUUACUUAAUGUUAAACAAGAUUUUGACCAUUCGAUUUACAUUUACUAGUAGCUUACCAUUGAUAUGAAGACAGAUCCAAUGUGAUUUUGUCACAUGCCAAAUUUUUGCUUACGUUUGUGAGAUAUGAUGUCUGUAUUUUCUCUCUAUUUUCAUUUUGUUUUCUCCAUAUUAGUCAAUUCAAUAUACAUUGCAUUUUCAGAGUCAUCAAAAUAAAAAAAAAAUUACUUUUUUACUUUUUAAACACAAAUUGAAUCAAUCAAAAAGCAGGUGAGAUGUUAGUAAUUAGAAGGCAGAACUGAAUACCUGAUAAAUAAUAGUGCAGCCGAUCCCACAUAAAUGUCAAAUAUCCCAAGGUGAUGCUUCAAGAAAUUAGGAUACAAAAUCUUUGCAAAGUGCAAGUUGAAAAAAGUUCCCAUUCCAGUAUGCAAGCAAGCAAACAAUCAUGUGCGUGUUGUAUUUUAACUCUGAAAACAUUGAUGGAGUGGAAGAAAAUAUCAAAAUCUGUUAUGUUGCAAAGAUAAUCAUUACAAGAGUAUCUCAGAUUCUUCUAAGAAAAAAAUGUCUGAUAAAA